AACUCUUUAUUUUGGCUUAGUUAAUUGUCAAUGUCUCAUUUUACUGUCAGCCAACAUAUACCAAAAUUUUGAUCAAUCUUGCCCGUGUCUAAGAUUUUAUAUUUUUUGAAUCUUUUUAUGUUUUAACCGUUUUGAAGGCAAUUUUAAUUGGUAAAUUUAAUGUGGCAGAAUGUGGCAGUCGACGGCGUCUCGCCGGCAGUUCCUGCCCUCGUGGUGCAUAGUGAUUAUUCGCACCAAGUCGCAGGGAUCCCUUACUUUGGAAAAUUUAAACCCAAACAUCAUAAAGCUGCAGUAUGCCGUGCGAGGACCUCUUGUCAUCCGUGCUGGUGCAUUGAUAAAGGAGCUGGCAGGGUAUUUAUUAUUUGUUUACAGGGAUCUAGUAAGCCUUUCAAUAAGGUCAUCCUUGCAAAUGUGGGAGAUGCGCAAGCUAUGAAACAGCAACCUAUCACCUUCAUCCGACAGGUGGUCGCCUGUGCGUCUUAUCCGAAUCUCAUAAAGUCGGGCUCAAUGCCGGCGGACGUGAAGCAGAGAGCAAAAGAUAUACUCAAAAGCUGCGCUGGCCAGUCAGUGGGCGCGUACACGAUGUCGCACGGCAUCGAGCUGAUCCGGCGCCACGUGGCGGAGUACAUCGAGCAGCGCGACGGGCACAAGGCCAACUGGCAGGACAUCUGCCUCACUGCGGGAGCCUCCAACGGUAUCAAGCACGUCUUGGAACUAUUCUGCAAUAAAGUCGACUGCAAGCCUACCGGUAUCAUGAUACCGAUCCCGCAGUACCCGUUAUAUUCGGCCACGCUCACGGAGUUCGGGAUAGGUCACAUCCGCUACUACCUGGACGAGGACAAGGGCUGGGCGCUCGACAUCAACGAGCUGGAGCGGUCCUUCACGGACGGCAGCAAGACGCACGCCGUGCGGGCCAUCGUCGUCAUCAACCCCGGCAACCCCACCGGACAGGUUCUGAAACGUGGUAACAUUGAGGACAUAAUAAAGUUUGCACAUAAAAAGAACUUACUUAUAUUCGCGGACGAAGUGUACCAGGCUAAUGUGUACGACAAGGACAGUAAGUUCUUCUCCUUCAAAAAGGUGAUGACGGAGCUGGGCGCGCCGUACAGCUGCUGCGCGCUGGCGUCGUUCAUGUCCAUCAGCAAGGGGUACACGGGCGAGUGCGGGCUGCGCGGCGGCUGGAUGGAGCUCUGCAACAUGGACCCCAAAGUGCAGGAGCACCUCUACAAGGCCAUGUCCGCCAUGCUCUGUCCCCCCACUAUCGGGCAGAUCGUCUGUGAUUGCGUUGCAAAAACCCCUUGCUGCGGUGAGCCAUCGUACGAACUGUGGGAGAAGGAGAGGUGUGCCGUACUGGACUCAUUGAAAGAGCGGUCCGAGAUGAUCGUGCAAGCCUUCAACGGCAUGAAGGGGUUCAAGUGUAACAAGGUGCAGGGUGCAAUGUACGCUUUCCCGCGCAUCGAGUUAUCGAGUAAAGCGGUAGAGGCUGCCAAGGCAGCAGGGAAAGCCCCAGACGUGUUCUAUGCCUUCAAACUCUUGGAGGAUUGUGGUAUUUGUAUAGUUCCCGGCUCCGGCUUUGGCCAGAAACCUGGCACCUACCACUUCCGCACCACCAUACUGCCGCAGAAGCCCCUCCUCAAGGAGAUGCUAGAUACUUUCCAGAAAUUCCAUCAAAAAUUCUCCGAGCAGUACCCAUAAUGGCCAGUGUUCAUUUACUGUGUAAAUACCUAGGUGUCAGACGGGUUUGUAACGAAUUAAUUUAUAGAGAGAUGUGCUAAGAUAGGUUGCUGUGGAUGCGUUUAGCUUUCACCAAUAAUAUUCAUUGGCACGCAUAUCACUGGUGGAAACGGACUCAACUACGCUAUGUUUUUUAUAUGGAAGAUAUUUCUUACUUUUCCAUCAAACGUAAUUGUUCGAGUUGCGUAGUUCAUGUUGGUGCCGGAGUGAAGUACACUGCCUGUGAGGAGAACACGCACUGAGUCGCAUGGAAGUGUGGAGACUGCAGUCUUAAUUCAGGCACUGUUCUAUUGGAGCGAAGUAAAUUAUCUAGUCAAUUGGAAGCAUUGCCAUUAAUAUAUGGAGGACUGGCAAGCCAUAAAACCAGAACUGUCAGCGUCAAAAAUCUUCGAGAUUUUGGAUGUUAAGUGUCACAUACCCAAAAAACAUUAUAUGACAAGAGUGUGCGCCCUGCCAAACUCAAGGAGCCAACUGUUGCGCGAUAGUCACCGCGUCGUGUACCCCGGAAUGAUGCUCAUGAAUAUGUGCUGCUGGAACGGCUUGAAACUAGUCGAGUUCCUCGUCAAACAGUUACGUGAGUAAACCGAAAAUUAUAACAGUUGCCUUCUACAAACUAUCUAAUUAUCUUAUACUAGCUACUUCCGCGCGGUUUCACCCGCUCUGCUUAGCUCCUAUUGGUCAUAGCGUGAUGUUUUAUAGCCUAUAGCCUUCCUCGAUAAAUGCACCAUUCAACACAAAAGGAAUUAUUCAAAUUGGACCAGUAGUUCCGGAGAUUAGCGCGUUCAAACAAACAAACAAACUCUUCAGCUUUAUAAUAUUAGUAUAGAUCUAUAACAAAGAAUUCUGGGGUUAGUAGUCGAUUGGGAAGAGCGCAUUGAAGCACUGUGUAAGAAAAUGAGAGGUCAUGUACUAACUCCAACUGUCAACUUGAUGCAUAUAACUCGUGGGACAUAUCUACUAGAUUAAUUAUUAUGGUUAUCGGCUUACUCACGGUAGUCAGUAUGACGGCUAUCAGGAGCAGUGCGACUGUCGCUGCGUCGUGUGUGGCGGAAUAUUGCUCAUGAAUGUGCGCCUUUGGCAUGGCUUGAUUGAAACUAGUCGAGUUCCUCGUCAAACAUUUACGUGAGUAAGCUGAUAAAAUUAAUAUAUUUUUAGUAGUAAUUUAGCAUGUCACACGCAAGUUAUAAUGCACCUACUCUUAUUAAGAUAUGAUAUAUUUUUUUGAGGUUUUGUACUGACAACGAAGUCGCUUAGGCUUCAAUAACUGACACUUGUGAGUCAUACUGCAAAUAACAUAAGAUUUGAACACUCCCUCCCGUUAAAUUGACGUUUAGUUCUCUAUAAUUAUAUAACCGUAAAAUGUAACAGGCCAAAUGAAAGACUUCGUGGGAGAAACUCUCUAACGUGUAAAGUAUCUAUAUUCUGAGACUCUCCUCUCGAGUUUACAAUGAGGUUCCAAAAUAAAUCGAAAAUGAACUUUUCUUGCGCAAAAUAUUUUACUUCAAUUGGUAUAACAUCUCGGAUGACAUGUACUCUAUAUUGGGACAUUGUAUUUUUAUAUUUUACUUAUGUACGUGUUUUUGAUGUUUUAUUAUAUUGACUUUUCUUUGAUUGUGUGAUAUUAAAUAUAUAUUUGUCAUUA